AUGGCGCACAACGGCACAACCCACACGCUCAACACGGGCGCCAAGAUUCCUGCCAUUGGCUUUGGAACUUGGCAGGACAAGGAAGCCCAGGAACCAGCUGUUACCAUGGCCCUCAAAGCGGGCUACCGCCACAUCGACACAGCACGCAUCUACGGGACUGAGCCCGCAGUCGGCAACGCCAUCAAAAAGUCCGGCGUCCCCCGUUCCGAGCUCUUUAUAACCAGCAAGCUCUGGAACAACUCGCACCACCCCGACGACGUCGAAGCCGCACUCGACGCAUCCCUCAAGGACCUCGGAACCGACUACCUCGACCUCUACCUCAUGCACUGGCCCUCGCCCUUCGCCCGGGGCUCAGAAAUGUUCCCCAAAGACUCCGCCGGCAAAGUCAAAGUGGGCGACAGCGACUACGUCGACACCUACAAAGCCAUGGAAAAGUGCUUCAAAAGCGGCAAAGCCCGCGCAAUUGGCGUGUCAAACUUCAGUAAAGCGGAGUUGGAGCGCUUGAUCAAGGAGACUUCUGUUGUGCCUGCUGCUCACCAGAUCGAAUGUCACCCUUACCUCCAGCAAAACGACUUCACGGAGUUCCACAAGCAACAGGGUAUCCAUGUGACGCAGUACUCGCCGUUCGGCAAUCAGAAUGAGAUCUACGAUUCCGGGAAGAACAUGAACAAACUCAUGGACGACCCUGUGCUUGUGGAGAUUGGCAAGAAGCAUGGGAAAACUGGUGCGCAGGUUGCGUUGGCGUGGGGUAUUGCCAAGGGCCAUUCUGUUAUUCCCAAGAGUAAGACUGAGUCGAGGAUCAAGGCGAAUCUGGAGGGUGACUUUGCCCUGCCUAAGGAGGAUGUAGAGAAGAUUACUGGUAUUGAUAAGAAGAUGCGGUUCAAUGAUCCUUCGGGUAACUUUGGAUGGAACUUUUACACGGAUUUGGAUGGUAAGAAGAAAUGA